AUGUCACUCUCGAGGCUCGGUAGAAGAACCCGCCUGUUCCCUUACUUUACCAAUUCUGUUCUCCACGCCCAAGUUCUUUCCAGGGAUUAUAAUGGGAUCAUUGGAGCAAGAUAUAAUUUUGUUGGUGCUAAUAAUCAUAGAUAUAUUCAGUACUUUGGAGUUCAAAGUCGGAAUUUGAAUGGCUUCAUUUCUAGAUAUGAGGUCAAUAACAGGGUCUCUCUUAGUAAAUCUCAAGAGAUUCCUUCAGCUUUUAGUACUCCGAAUGUAGGGGGUUCUUGUAUUAUGCUUAAUCUCCGGCACCAAUAUGCAACUAAACCUACCACGGAGCAGAAAUCGCGUAAGAUGUUGAUAUACUUGACAGGGUUAGUUUUUGCUAUGGUGGGAAUGAGUUAUGCUGCUGUACCCUUGUACAGAAGAUUCUGUCAAGCUACAGGUUAUGGGGGCACCAUUCAACGGCGAGAGAGCGUUGAAGAGAAAAUUGCCCGCCAUGCCAAAGAUGGAACAGUUACUAAAAGAGAGGUCGUUGUCCAAUUCAAUGCUGAUGUGGCUGAUGGAAUGCCUUGGAAAUUCACUCCCACCCAGAGAGAGGUAAGAGUGAAGCCUGGGGAGAGUGCCCUUGCAUUUUACACUGCUGAAAAUCGAAGUUCAACUCCAAUUACUGGUGUAUCUACCUAUAAUGUCACUCCUAUGAAGGCUGCAGUUUAUUUCAACAAAAUACAGUGCUUUUGUUUUGAGGAACAGCGAUUGCUACCUGGAGAACAGAUCGACAUGCCAGUCUUCUUUUACAUAGACCCCGAGUUCGAAACAGAUCCUAGAAUGGAUGGUAUCAACAACUUGAUACUUUCAUAUACAUUUUUCAAGGUCUCUGAAGAGUGA